GGCAAUCCCUGAUGCGAAAGUCGCCGCGAACCCUGUAUCAACAUCUAUUCAUUGUGCUUAUCAUAUGUACGUAUGGGUACUCGGUGAUGAGUGGACGAGUGGGAGGUUGCGACUCUGAGUGAAAAGGUGAACAUCGUUGACCGGAUCAGCUAUAAUGUUCCGAGAUCAGGGAGCUAUGAUCAUGAAUGACGUCACGCGUGCGAGCAACUAAGCGCUCCUCGGGCAAGAUCGCGCCCAGAUACGAUUUUGCUUCUUCCUCCCUCGACCUUUCAUUCAAACCAUGACCUCUAAUCCUUCUCUCGCGAACUGGGUCCAAACGCAAAUGAAGGCGAUAUACGCACCAGAUCCACACACCCAGGCCGAUCUGCAAAGCGUGCUGGAUGACUCGUUCUCGCCUGACGCAGACAUCCAAGUCGACGGCGCAUCGAUGACGCUCGACGACUUCAAAGGCUCCGUGGAGAGCCAUCGGGGAGGCACGGUGAACAUAUCUCUGAGCUCAGAUCCCGAGGAAUUCAAGGUGGUUCACACGGCGGGCCAAUCCGGGGCGGACUCUACCGUCUCCGGGAAGAUGACUCUUGUUAGAACCCAUCCGUGGCUUGUCAGAGCUGCCCCGGCCCAGACAAGCACAGAAAUCACUUUCGAUGCCCAAGUUGCAUCGAAUCCGAAGCCCCAAAUUGUUCAGCUGGUCCAGAAGUCCGUCCACAAGCCGGUGCAAGUCCAUUUGGCGCCUGUCAGAAAUUUAUAAGUCGAGGAGGCAUGUGAUGAUAAUUUUGUGUGUACUAGUGGUAGCACCAUGUACCAUAUGUAGGGUCGAUCCCGUGCUUCAAUGUGCGGUCUUUCCAUCCCCUUUUCAUACACCUGAGCCACUAGACACGUCCAUCGGACUGUUCGCCAUGUCAUAAGUGUCCCUUUGCGCGUGUUUACAUAGCGUUGAAGAGUCGAAACAAUUACCGGAUGGGGUGUCUCAAACACUCCGUCGUGUCACAGAGCUUCUUGAAAAUUUCACGGAUUUUGGGAGAAGAGAUAUUCGGCCGAGGGAGGCACCUGCAGCUCUGACACAAAACGGGCUGUCUAAUAAAGGGUGCCCCACGUGAGGUGCGCUGUUCUCGUUCUGCAGAUACAUAACCUUUUAACAUUUAGAUCAUCCGGCGCUUAGCGUUAAGACUUGCCCGCAUUCAAACCACUGCUUACAAAGCGCAGCGCCGACACUCGCGCUCUCGGUCCCGCCACCGAGAAUCCGAAGCUGCUGGUCCACGUCAGACCCAGGAUCAGCGUGUUCGUGGGUGGGACAUCCAUUUCCAUUCGAACGCUCUUCGGGCGCCGUCGGACCGGUCUACGAUCGUGUGCUCUACGCCUCUCUGCGGCUAGUCUCCCAGGUGUCUAGUGGAGGGAUAUCGGCGUUGUGCUUACCACACUUUCCCGGCGGAAAAUUUGAAACGGCACACCCCCAAAUGGAUUCGAUCAAACCGAAUCGUACAGCUGUAUUACAUAUGGGUCCGCAACCACAGAGCGACAGCGCGUCUUUACCUUUCCCCAGUACGUAGUCCGUGUAGAUUAAUUCAGGGAGCUGGUGUCGAAUUCAGAAGGCUUUACAACCGCAAGUUUGGGAACAGACUGACCAGCCAUUGAAUCAACCCGACACUUGAAACUCUUGCGUCGCCGCCUCCACCUCCGCGGUCGCCGACGUCCAUGGCCGAUUGCAGGACACAUAUUUAGGAGGUCCU